ACUAUUCAUCUCGUCAUUUACACAGCAACAGCACACAGCAGCACUGCACUGGAAUCUGGAAACCAAAAUCCAAAAGUGAUUGAAGAAAGAAAUAAACAAACCUCAAAAUAUUGAAAAUUGAAAAUUAUUUAAGAAAAACAUGGAUAGAAUCCUGGUUUUAUUGAAAAAUGUCCAGUUAUAGCUCAGAUGAUGAAAACUUGGAAUUAUUAAAAGAAGCUCAAGAUAGUCAGUUCCUUCAAGAAAAUUUGUACAGUGAGAAAAAAGACUUCAUAAAACCAGAAACUCAGAAUAUUCCAGCCAGUUUAAGACAAAAGGAGGAUGAGAAUGAACAGUUUAACAAUUUUAAAAUAACUCCUGAAUGUCAAGAAUAUAUAGCAAAACAUUUGUGCUUGCUUCUUGAUAAAAAACUAGAAAAUGAGUUUAAAUAUGCAACUGAUGACACAGAAGUUAAAUCUAAAAGGAAAAAGAUUGGUGGCGUUAAGCUGUUUUCUAAAUCAGAAAAACCAAUAAAAAUUGAAAAAUUCCCAAGUAAUAUUGUUGCAUUAACUUUUAAACCAGUGAAUAGAACAGUGACAAAAUAUAGUGCUCCAGUAAAUUUAGAUGACUUAAGAGCCAUAACAGUAUCUGGUAAAGAUAUUUUGUUACAAAAGGAUAUUAAACACUGGUCUAACAGAACUAAAUCAUCAAAAUUUUUCCAAUACAAGCAAACAAACAAUGGUACAUUAGAAUUACAAGAACAGCCAUUUAAAUAG